AUGUCGAGCAUCGCCAUCCCGAGUGCUCUUGGAGCGCUGACCUCCCCGGGUGUUGGCUUCGUGGCUCCGGUGAGGCCAGUGGCUUCGGCCACAGCCACGACCGCGGUGCCAAAGCCGCGCAACGUCGCCUCAAAUUCCGGCAGCUCUGCAUACGGUGCUCUUGUGGCGACAACAGCCACCACUGGACUCUUGGCUCGUUCCAAACGCUCCAGGCGCUCCAGAAUGGCCACCCGCGUUGGUGGCGGUGUUGAGCCACUCACGACGGACGAUGUGAAAGCCGCCCAGAGAGCCUGGGUGGAAGCGAUCAAGAACAUCUCCAAGACUUAUCUGGAGGGCGGAGACUACGUGGGAGUGGCUGCUCGCAAAGCUGGUGAACUCUAUGGCUACGGCCAUGGGCAUGUGCUGUUCAAGCCUACCAAAGCCAAAGACACCCCAUUCCGCCCCGAGGCGAAACAGGCGUUGUCUUACUUUUUGGGAGCCGAUGCCAUGGGUGCUGGCGAAGGAAUUGCUGAGGAUCAUGGUUUCGCAAUCAACGGUGGCAAGGGUUGGUCAGAUGUGCUUUUCGACAACCACCAGAUCGACUUGAACGGCAAUGUUGCCAUUGCUAUGGGCAACUAUUACUUUGCCAGCGCGUCGGAUGGGAGCAUCAGCAAGGUGGAAUACACAUUUGGUUACAAGAAAUGCGAUGAUGGCCAGGUUCGCGUCUUUCUCCACCACUCGUCAGUGCCAUAUGGGGGGAGCCCCGCGACAGUCACAGAGGACGAGGUGAGAAGCGCCCAGGUAUCGUGGGGAAAUGCAAUCAAGAACAUUUCCAGAACUUAUCUGGAGGGAGGAGACUAUGUGGCGGUAGCUGCCAAAGCAGCCGGCGAACUCUAUGGUUACGGCCAUGGAGAUGUGCUCUUCAAGCCAACCAAAGCUGCGGAGGUCCAGUUCCGUCCUGAUGCAAACCAGGCCAUGUCAUACUUUGUGGGGGCCGAUGCUAUGAGUCCUGGUGAAGGAAUUGCCGAGGAUCAUGGCUUUGCAAUCAACGGCGGGCAGGGUUGGUCAGAUGUCCACUUCGACAACCACAAGAUCGAUGUGCACGGCGACGUUGCCAUUGCCAUGGGCAACUACUAUUUCACCAGCGCGGCGGAUAUGAGCAUCAACAAGGUAGAGUAUACAUUUGGCUACAAGAAGUGCGAAGAUGGCAAGGUCCGCAUUUGUCUCCACCACUCAUCGGUUCCCUAUGGGGGUGGUGGAACAGUCGCAUCUGUACCACCGAGCGCCCAGGCCUCUGCCACGCCAGCGCCAGCAGCCGCCUCUGUGGCAUCCGUUCAGGGUGGUGCCGGUGGUGCUCAAGGUGUCCCUCAGACUGGCAGUGGUGGCCCUCUGCAACAUUCCGGCGGUUUCGCAUAUUCCAUGCAGAAGAGUGCCUAUGCGGACUUGGCCUUUGGCAAUGAUGUUGGCUACUUGCCAGACGGCACGCCCAUGAACCUGGCGGGCAAUUGUCUCAACCAUCCAGAGAGUAUUGGACCGGACCCUCAUGCUCCAGGUUCACCCCUGCCCCGUGCUGUGUUUGUGAAUGAUGUGGGGUACUUGCCGGACGGCACGCCUUUGAACAAGGCAGGGAAUAACAUCAACCAUCCAGAAAACAUUGGGCCCGAUCCUCAUGUUCCUGGUGCCGCCUUGCCAGCCUCAGCCUAUGCUGCAGAUGUCGGCUAUUUGGUGGAUGGCACACCUUUGGACUCGGCCGGCAACAACAGCGUGCGCUAG